UACGGUUGGUGGUUAAAUUUGCUCGAUUUCGUUUCUGCCGUGUGGUAAUUAUGAACGGAUUACGGUUUAAUGUGCCAAUGUUGGCCGUUCUGGCCCUGUGCGGACUAAGUGCAUUGGUAGUUCAAGCUCACGAGGAACACGAUCCGAACUACUGGAACCAACAGGCGCACGAUCUGCUGUUCGAGAAAAAGGAUUACACUAUGCAGAAAAUUAACAUUGCCAAAAACAUAAUCGUCUUCGUUGGAUCCGGAAUGUCGCAAGCCACCAUCACCGCAGCCAGAACCACCAACGGAGGCGAAAAUGCCGCAUUCGCGUUCGAGAAACUGAAAUGGAGUGGUAAUGCCAGGACUUAUUGCGUCGAUAGCCGGGUGCCGGAUAGUGCCUGUGCCAGCACAGCAUUUUUGACCGGAGUGAAGAGUAAUCUCGGAACGGUUGCCGUUCAUCCCACCGUGAACCGAGGGGAUUGUGUCGCUACAAGUGACAAGGUGAAACAGUUGGAAUCUAUUGCCAAAUGGGCCCUCGAUGCCGGACGAGUUGUUGGUUUUGCAACAACUUCCCGCGUUACCGCCGGCUCCAGCCCUGCUCUCUAUGCGCAUUCUGCCGAUAAGGACUGGGAAAAUGAUGCCGCCGUAUCGACCGCAGGAUGCAAUCCAAGUGAGGUUAAUGAUAUUGCUCAUCAACUGAUUCACGGUGAUGUUGGAAAGCACUUCAAGGUCAUCUUUGGAGGCGGACGCAAGAACAUGAUUCCAACUACCGACACCGACCCGAGCGGUGCCCGUGGUUUGCGUACCGACGGCAAAAACCUCAUCGAUGAAUGGAAACAGUCCAAAACCGGAAAUGCAGUCUACCUUACCACUAAUACCGAACUGGGUGCGCUGAAUACGACCAACAUUGACUAUCUCAUGGGACUGUUCAGCUACGAUAGGCUACCCUAUGCCACCGACAUGACCGAGGAACAAAACAAGGAGACUCCACCGUUGGUCCGACUGGUGCACUACUCGCUGGAGAUGCUGCAGAAGAAGGAGCACAAAGACGGUUUCUUGCUAUUCGUGGAGGAUGGUAACAUUCAGGAAGCGCACAAGGAGAACAAGCCCAAUAAGGCAUUCGAACAGGUCAAACACUACGCCAAUGCUUUCGAUAUGGCCCACAUGAUGGUGUCGGAAACAAACACGCUGGUUAUUUCGAUGAACGAUGUCGGAAGUACGCUCUCUAUUCCGGGAUAUUCGGCACGUGACACGGACAUUCUAAACGCAGCCGGCACAAGCGACAGGGACUCAAAACCAUACCUCAGCCUCGCCUAUGCCACUGGGCCAUCGCACAAUUCGUACUACCAACUGAACGAGGGUCGCGUCAAUCCGCUUACCGUGCUGCAGGGAAUGACGGUGAAGAAGGAACAAACCUGCAGCGCUGCUGUCCCGAUGAACGAGGGUGUCAACGGUGGGGAGGACGCUUCCGUCUUUGCUACCGGGCCGUGGGCGUUUAUGCUGUCCGGUGGAUACGAACAGAACUUUAUCGCCCAUGCCAUCACGUUUGCAUCCUGCAUCACCGACGUCUGCGGAGGGGCUUCCAGUGUGGUGAUUUCGACCGCGGCAUUGCUGCUGGCAAUGGUGGCGCGAAUUUUUGUCUAGAUGGGAAUGACGAGUACAAACUAGAGACCACAAAAACCAAUUCCACUACUUGAAACGAAACUUAAAUCCACUUUACUGUACCACUUUAUAAUUAUAAUGCGAUUAUUAGCUUUACGACCUUGUUGUUUCACAUUUUAUGUUAAUUACUCAUUGUUCUAAAUAAAUUAUGGCUUUGCU